AUGAUGUUAUCGGUGACACUACCAAGACAUGGACAAAGUAAACGAGCUAUUGGUACACAAAAGGUUCCUCUUGAAUUUGUAAAUGGUGAUCAAACGAAUAAAAGUUCGAGCAUAGAUUUAAAAUCCCUUCCAGGGAGUAUUGCAAUACCCGUUUUUCUGUAUAACGGUCAAGUCUACGUUUUGAUAAAGCAUUUGGCGACGUUGUGGAAUUUCUUAUCCUCCUACCAAUUGAUUUUGUCGCUUUCAAAGCAUGGAAUUGAAAAAAAGAAUAUACUUCAAACUGAUCCCAGUAUGAAUGAUGCUUUAUUUACUCAGGGGGCUAUAUCCAAAGAGGACCAGUCGAGUAAGCUAUUCUAUAUAUCCUUGCCGUUGAUAUAUUUGAGAAUUUUGAACAAGGACGUGUUUUACAAUAGCGGUUACGCCGAUGAAGAUCUCAUCGAGGAUAUAUCUUCCCCUGGUAGAGUCAAUAGUGUUGUUCCAGUGGCUUCAGAAGAACAAGAAGACGAACCACUUAUAGAUGAUGAAGAGGAAGACGAAGUUGACGAUGCGUACGAGGAAGGGGAGAUGGAAGAGGAAGACAAAGAAGGGGCUUUGUUGAAACAGGCUAGACACCAUCAUUUUCACAAACGCACCCAAGAAUCGGAGUCGCUGGGCGAUGACAGAGUGACGGUGAGCCAAGUAUUUCCUCAAUAUGGGGUAGUGGAAUCCACUACUCAGUUAAAUCACACUCUGUUUGGCACGUUGAACUCUUCAACAAAAUUGAACUUUUACAAAACUCUCCUGACUCCUGGGCUAAGGUUUCUUCCUAAUACCAAACUCAAUUUCAACGAGAGGGAGUUACUUUUGGGUUCAAACAACUUUCUGGAUAUACAAAUUGAGGGGGGUUCUGAAUCCUUGAAAAGACAAGGUCUCAGAAAACCGCUCGGUAGGUCGAGGAAAAACAACAUUCACAUUGAUCCCAAUACCUUGGACUUGAGUGAAUCAGUCGUUCCAGGACAAGGCUACAUUCCCGAAUUCAGCGUGAGCCAUCUAUGCAAGGUACCAAACUACUACAUCACAUCAAACCAACAAGCGCCACUGCAAUCAUUCAAUACAAAGAAGUUGAAUACUACAUCGAAUUCGUCUUUUCUUUUCACUGAUGGAAUUAAGAUGUCAAAGAAUAUUCAGCAACUAGUUUUUAGCAAUGAAAGUGAUAACUACCAUCAUUCGAAGUACUUUUACACAAAAGGUUAUCGGGGUCCGGGCUCCGGGAACUAUAAAGAUGGUGCAUUGAUGAAAAAAAUAAGCAAAAUACCAGUGUCAAGCGACCGUAGGAGAUUUCACAAGACGAAGCUUUCAAACAGAGAGAAGUACAACAAAUCAUUGAAGGGGUUGGCUCAUGAGAGGUUCAAUAAGAAUUCGGUGGAGAGAUUGCUUGCAGAACAGCGCAAAUAUACGGAAGACUAUUUGAAUCUCGAGAUGUUGCACAACAGUGUUCAAUUUAACUUUCUACUUAAUUCCUAUCGUGAAAUAGCAGAAGAGACAUGGAACUGCUAUUUCAAGUUUAAAUUAUUUGACCUCGAGCAGUAUAAGGCUUUGCAACUGGAAAAAGAUGAACUCAAAGAAAGAGACCGCCUUUUAUCCGAGCAUAAGAAAUGGAUUGAAGAUGACAAGCUACGUGAAGAAAGACUUCGGAUGAUAUUCAGUGAUGAACAUGCAGCAAAGGAGAAACUAAAACAGGAAUUUGUUGAAAAAAGGAAGGAGAUGGAAGAAAAAAGGCGGCGUUUGGAAUUAGAGGCAUCUUUUGACAACUCGAUUAAUAAAGAUGACGAAGGGGCUGAUUUUGCAGAGAAAUUGGAAGCUCUCGAUUCGGAGUACAGACGCAAACAAAAUGAUCUAUUACGCGACUACGACCUAAAAAAGAAGCAAUUUCUCACCCCUUUGAAACCUCCACAACCAAUAGAAACACCUCAGAUUGAUAUUGUUUCGAAAUUCGUUUCCCCCGCUGCUCAUCCCGAAAUAUUGAGACAACUUCCCUUAGAGUUAAGAGACGUGGCAGACUUAAGCAAGGACGUGGUUCCUUCAAUCAAAAACCCCAUAAAAUAUGUCACAACGUUUCCAACGAACACAAAUGAUGAGUAUUUGACAAGAAUCGAAGUGGUGAAACUACCCAAUGCAAACUCUAUUGGAUGGGAUAAUCUUAGAAAGUAUAAAGAACCCUAA